GGCACGCAUGGAGGCCGGAGCAGGGCGCCACGAGUCGAGUAGUUGAGCAGUAGCGCUUGCCUGGACUCCCCGUCUCCUCCUCCCUCCUCCCGCCGCCGCCUACGGCACAACCGCCCCGUUCACGUGCCCUAAUCCCCAGCGGCAGCUCCCCCUCCCCAUCCGCCCGUCCGUCCGUCCCCCGAAAUGGAGCCCAAGAGGUCCUCGCCCCAGGCCCAGCCCCAGCCGCAGCCGCGCGCGGCGACUAAGGAGUCGCCUCCCCGCGCCGCCGCCGCCGCCGACGCCGUCGCCGACUCGCCGCUCAGCAGCCUGUUCCACCCGGCGCCGCACGGGGUAAACGGCAAAGAGCAGGACUUGUACGCCAUUCUUUUCAAGGGGCAGAACGGCAAUGCUCAGGCCAGCAUGACAGAUGGUAAAUCCCAGUGGAGUCCUGCUAGGGGCCGCACAACAUAUACCAAGGAUAACAAGUAUGACUCGGUUGGUACAUCGUCUUGUUUUGGUUCUUCUGUGCACUAUGGUGGCCGAGAAUAUUAUGGCUGCUCUGCGCCCAAGCAAGCUGCGGAAUACAGUGAUUACAAGGUGGAUAAGAAGGAUCCUGUCGCAGAUUCUCAUGGCGAUUGGUGGCAAGGCUCGUUUUACUACUAAGCAAGAGCUUGGUGUCCUCUCCCUUUACGAACAAGGAAAUCGAAGGGGGAGAGGUGUUGAACCUAAUUUCCUUGAUAGCAGUUAUAUACCUUACAUAGUGGAGAAAACAUUCGCUCAUCAGUGGUGGCAGUAUUUGGACGCAUCAUCACUCCUGGGCAGAUGCUGUGUGUGCGUGUGUGUGCCUUUACCUUCUUAUUCCAUAGCUUGUGCUUUAGCUGUGAAAUGUAAUGAACCUACAAGUACCUAGAACUUGGUGUCAGGUUGCAUAAAGGGUCCUGAGGCCAUCCCGCCCAACCUGGGCAGCCUGGUCUCUGACUCCUAUACAUAGUAUCAAACCUGUCCUGCUUGUACCCUCUGAUCCUCUCUCCAGACCAGAAGCGUUGGAGAAGCAGAGAUCAUUUACAUUGUACUGUUAAAACUGUACUGUUGGAACUUCAUAUAUAAGUUUGGAAAGUGUUCUUGUCAAUA